UCUCAGAAGGAAGGGUAUGGUUUCGUUUUAAAAUAUUAAUAAUAAAUUCAGACAGACUGGUAUUAGCGUUUCAAACGGAAAUUUGCAGGUUAACAAUACUACCACAGGUCGUCUUUUCACUCAUGCACCUGUCAAAAUAGGAGGCGCAUGGAAGAAGGAGAGAGAAAGAGAGAGCGCUCUGUCCGCACCUUGUGUUGGUACUCAGCGUGUACUUGCAACGCGUGAUUCUGUCGUGGCAAGGAGAUAGGUCAGCUUCAGAAAGCAUGUUAUGUUAUUUUAACGGUACAUUUGUGGAAAUUUUUAGUUAAAUCGAAAAGCAAUUUGCCGUUCCUGCAAAUUUUGCAUACGUUGUGAUACUGUAGCUGCUCCCCUAAGGAAAUGAUCCGUACCCUAAAUUAAUGGGCGCACUUGCCGGAGUUCCACGUGAGAAAGCUAGCCGCAGCAACAAAUCUUAUUGCCGAUUAUCGAUUCAUAUUGUGAGUUGCCCUUUACAAGAGUGCUUUGCAUAAACUGUAAAUAUACAAUAAAAGGAAGAGACUUUCUCGUGGCGUGUUCGUGAAUAAACUGGUACGGGAUGCUUGGGCAGUCUCACCACCUCAUCGGGGGGAUCUUGUGGAUUCAAAAUCCAAUGAGAGCCGUCCACUGCAACCUGAGUCAGAAUGGUUUAGAUCACCGGGCAUGCACAGAGGAGGGUACUUCACCCCUGGAUGAGCUGCCCGUUGACCAUGGGGUGAGCGUGGAUGACGAUAGCCCCAUCUACCGGGACCAGAGAGAGAGGCACACCUAUCAGCAGGCAUCAGAUGCAGAUGCCACACAGCCAGGGAGUUUGAAGCUGACCAAGCCAGUGGCUCUGUGGACCCAGCAGGAUGUCUGUAAGUGGCUGAAGAAACACUGUCCCAGCCAGUACCAGAUCUACAGUGACUCCUUCAAACAGCAUGACAUCACAGGCCGGGCUCUGAUGAGACUGACGGACAGGAAGCUGGAGCGGAUGGGAAUCAUGCAGGAGAGCCAGCGGCAGCACGUCUUGCAGCAGGUCCUGCAGCUGAGGGUGCGGGAGGAGGUGCGCAACCUGCAGCUGCUCACGCAAGGUUCCCUGGAGAGUUCACCUUAGCCGGAAUAUUCCAGGAAACUGAAUCGGCUUCCACAGCUGUGUCUCUCCACCCCAAAUUAGUCCGGGACUAUCCUUAAAACCCCCACUCCUCCCAUCCCUGCUCUUCCUUCUGCAGGCUGAGUGCUCCACCAAACACACACACACUCAACCACAUGGACCAAACACACAACUAACCUCACCUCAUGACUCCACACCAAGAAAAUGGCAGCAAAAAACACAAUAAUUAAUAUAAAAAUAGCAUAUGCUAGGACACUGUUAACACUUUGAAAGUAGCACAUUAAAUGUCUAGCAUCCAGUUACUGUAUAUAAAUAGCCAAGUAUCACUAAUCAGCAGGUAUGCAGGUGAACAGAUGUGCACUUCUUUCAGUUGGUGUGCCAGGUCAACAGGUGAACAGGUGAGGUAAAGUUAUUAGUCAGUCACAUAUUGGGUUGAAUUGCCUUUAUUUCAGAUGUCUCCCCUGACCAGUCUACAACAAAGGAAUUUUCAAAAUGAAAUCAAGUAGAUACUGCAUUUUGCACUUUGACGUUUUCUUUUUGUUUUGUUUUUGUAUUUUGAAAUGUAUGUAAUGAUAUACACUUUCGUUUCUAUGUUUUUGGUCUUUUUGCUUUUUAUUAUUUUUUUUAGGUUAUCUUUGAUGUCUGUUGACUCUGUGUAUAGAGUGUAUAAGAAAAGUUCACUGUGACUUGGACCAGAUGUCUUAAAUGACCUCAAACCCAAACUGAGAGUAGCAUCCCCACCUACUGCCACAGUGUUCUGUGUGACUGCCAGAAGUGUGUGCACAGAAUGCCGUGGAAAUCCCAUCUGCUGCUUCUCUUCCAGGAAAUAAAAGGAAAGCAAAAACAGAAAUAUAGAUCAAACAAGCUUCCUCUUUCUCUUUCGUCUUUAAUACUUGUGACUAACUGAUCUGAAUCAGUCAUAGUUUUGCUGUGAAGAGCAAAGUCUUUUGAUUAGAUCAAACCAGUCAGUGACUGACAGCACACAGUAGCUCCACCCAUUAUGGGGUUCUUGAAGCCUCACUCUGCCAUCCACAAUAAUCUAGACACUGGACUGAAAGAAUAUCUUCAAUUGAUGGAGAGGUAUAAAAUGAUUUAUUCCACUUUUUAAAAAGCUUUUUUUUUUAAAAAAAAAAAAACUUUCAUAAGGCUUUUAGCUGUGGAUAAGAGGGGCAUUUUUAUUUAAAGCACAUGGAAUCACGUGGAUACAUAAUCAUGACCUUACUGUUCUACCCCAUGUCUUAACCCCAAUUGGAGCAACCUGCGACUAUUGCCGAGGUGAAUGCAGAUAGUGUUGCGUAUAUAAUUUUAUGUAUUAAUGUCAAAGUGAUCUGUACUGACACAAAUAUCAUGGGGUUUUUGGUGAAGAUAGACAGGGGCAGGUGAAGAGAAGAAAUGGUCUUGCAGGCCUGUACCUGUGUAAUUGCAUAUGCAUGUACGGGAUGUGUGUGUGUGUGGGCCUUGUAUGUAUUGUAUGUGGAGAGUAGAUAUACAUGAAAUUGCGUUUAAAUGUUCAAGGUUUUCCAUGCAGUAUGUACACUACCAAAACUGUGUGCAGGACUCGCAUUACAAUUGCAUAUGUGAUAACACAGGAGCCAGGGUAAUGUAACACGUGACUGGAAUGAUAUGAAAUGAGGUAGUGCUCCACAGGCACAUGGACGCACACUCUUCACAAAUGACAUAGCUGAUACAAGCUGUCUGUUCUCGUCAGAAUAUCAGUUAUUGCCAUCACACCAGAGAGAAUUUACCAUUAGCUAUUGGGUUUGAAAUGUAUGGAUUUUAAAUAUAUAUAUAUAUAUAUUUAUUUAUUUGGUAAAUGUCCUAAGAGAUGUGAUUACAGACAUGUCAAAAUGACUGAACAUAUCCAGGCUUUAAAUGAAAAUAUACUUUUUUUUUGCCAGGAGGGACCUGAUAACAUGUGUUCUGUGACUUUCUAAUGUUUUGUAUGACACGGGCAUGCACAUCAAUUCCUCUUCAGUCUGCACAAAUCUUCUCAUCCAUCUCUGUAAAGGGUGCCUAUUGAUGACUACUGCUACUCCAAAUCUGUGAAUAACCACAAUCAUUAACAAUACUGUAAUAAUAAUCUAAAUAAACUCUGUUAAAAUAGAGCUGUGUUUUGUGACUCAUGCAAAUUUACUUUUUUUGCUUCAGACAAGGUAAAUGUCAUGGUCUGUACACAGCAG